AUGGACUUUGAUUCCGCUCACGAUUCCACUUUGUCAGACUCGCAACCAUUGAACGACGUAACGGAAAAUUCAGAGUCAAACACAAAGGAUACUGACAACAGCCAACCAAGCGUAGCCACUUCCCGGUCACGACAAAUUAUAGCAAAUACUAACCCGGUUCGUCGUGCGUCUUUCGCACCUUCUCGCUUGAGUGUUGUUUUCGAUCCCAAUGUCAUAAGUACUUGGUGGAAUGCUGUCGGCGGUCAGCAAGAUACGACAAAAGCUCAGAGAAGGGCAACGGUGAUUGACUACAGCAGUGUUAAGACUGGAUUGGGAACUAUUUGCGGUGACAUUUCUCCGCUUGCUAGUGAUGUGGAAGAAGAUCUUGAUUCAGUCUUUGCAAGCUUUUUGGUUGAUUUGGGCUUACCUGAACACGCGAGAAAGAAUAUGAUGUCAAUGCCCGAUGAUCAAAAACGAUUGAUCCUUCAUUCGAAUGAACAAGCUCAAGCAUUCAUGCAACAGCGUCUCGACAACCAACAAGAACGAAUACAAAACCAAUCUAGUGUUGGCAUGAGUAGUUCGGAAUCGAAUACCGACGAUUUGGCUUCACCAAAAGAUACACCAUUGAAUCAGUCCUCCACCAUGACAGGUGACAGCUCACACAAUAAUGAUACUGAUCCGAAUGCAAAUUUAUCCCAUAGACUGUCGGGUGGUUCAUGGUCGAGCGUCGAUUCUACCUCUCCAACAUCUUUGCAACCUACAAACGUCCAGGAAGAACGGCCACAAUCACCAACAUCCUCUGGCGUUGCUAGAGGAUUUCUUAAAUAUUGGUUUGGAUCGUUAACAUCUUCAACAAAGUCUCAGGAUACUCCCGAGUAUUACAUUGAAGAAUUAACGCAGAGGAAUACGCAACAGGUACUUGCAAAUCGAUUGACAUCACUACGAGUGACUUUAUCACAUGUUAAGAUGGUGUGGAUUAGGUCUUUUCUAGACUUAAAUGGUUUAUCAGCGUUGGAGGCAAUUCUGGCGAAGCUCACUUAUCUCCAUAAGAACCGUACGGCGAAGCGAUCUGAUCACGAUGAUAAAAUACAAGCAGAAUGUAUAAGAUGUUUGCGAGUAUUAAUGAAUACAGAGCCUGGCUUUGGUAGAGUAAUUCAAUCUCCCUCUCUCAUCUCAUGCAUAGUGUUCUCUCUAAGUACACGAAAUCACAAACUGCGUGCUCAAGUAGCAGACGUAUUGGCUGCAUUAUGUGUGCUAUCUCUUGAGGGUCAUCGUCUGGUUCUCAACGCGUUAUCUGAUUUCCGUAAUAUACACGAGGAGAAAUAUCGAUUUGAACAUUUAGUAGAGACAUUAACAAACAAUGAUGACGAAGAGGAUAGUAGUUUUGUAGAAUAUAAGACAGCCUGUUUGAGUUUAAUAAAUGCCAUUGUGAAUUCACCCGAGGAAGUUGAGGAGAGAGUUGUUCUGAGAGAAGAGUUUACAAGGAGAGGUCUUGAAGAAGUUUUUGCGUCUAUCAAGACUAGUAACCCUCCAGAAUCAUUACUGACUCAGAUUAAUGUGUACGAAGAAGAGUAUCAAGAUGAUUUGGAUGAAUUGCAUAUUAGAGUUCAUGAUUUUGUGAGGGACCCUAGUGACCCUACUACCAUAAUUCUGGAUCUACUGAGACAAGUAGAGUAUGACGAAUCAUUAUAUCCUCGCGUGGUGAAUUCCUUGAAGAAUAUGUUGAGGAUUGCUUGCCAGGAUACAAGAGA